GCCAGGAGCCAGACUCUGGGUCUCCGGAACCCCGGUUGGUGGUCCAAGUCGGCCUCCAUUCUUGCAGCUUUUGGGGGUCUUGUCAGCUGCCGGGGUUGGUCGCUGGACUACCGAUUGUGGGGUAAAGUUUUCAAACAGUGGUCCGAUGCUUUGCCACCGGCAGUGGAGACGGAGAUCGUCCAUCAGAUCAGUGUCAGCAAUGCCAGAUCCUUAACCCACUGAGCGAGGCCAGAGAUCAAACCCGCAGUCUCAUAGUUCUAAGUCAGGCCCAGAGAGACAGAAGACAGAGCCCGCCCUAGAGGUACAAGCCUGCCCUUAGAACUGGAGGAGAUGAUCAAGGGCCAGAAACCUUUGUCCUUCGAGGACGUGGCUGUGGGUUUCACCCUGGAGGAGUGGCGGCUACUGGAUCCAUUUCAGAAGGACCUGUAUAGGGAGGUCACGUUGGAGAUCUGCCACAGCCUAGUGUCAGUAGGUUACGAAGCUCCCAAACCAGAUGCACUCUUCCAGUUGGAGCAAGGAGAACCCCCUUGGAGAAGGGAGGGAGCAGCCCAGAGUCCCACCUGCCCAGAUGAAAUAUGGGAGCUUGACCCUAUGCAAUGGCACUCAGAAAAGCAAAACAGGAUUAAAACUUUGGAAAGCUGUCAGCAAAGCUAUGUACUUGGAAAUAAUUUCGAUUUAUGCAAAAGCCUUGUUCCUUUAACACAAAGACCCAGUAAGUUUGGCUCACAUUAUAAAAGUUUGAAAUCACCUUUAGGUUUUGUUAUUGAGAAUAGAAGAUAUACGGUAAAGGAUUCUGAUGAGUUUGGUAGAUGUGGGAAAUCAUCUCUCUGUCUCCACCAUGAUAACACUCUUAUGGGAAUUAAAUACCAUGGUUGUGUUAAACCCAGUAGCACUAAAUCACAGCUCAGUGAUCAUCAGAAAACUUACCCAGGAAAGAAACCACAUGAAUGCAGUGAGUGUGGGAAAACCUUCUCCAGGAAGGCACAGCUCAUUCGACAUCAGAGAACUGAAAGAGGAGAGAAACCCCAUGGAUGCAGUGAAUGCGGAAAAACAUUCAUGAGGAAGAUUCAGCUCACGGAACACCAGAGAACUCAUACAGGAGAGAAACCCCAUGAAUGCAAUGAAUGUGGGAAAGCCUUUUCCAGAAAGUCACAGCUUAUGGUCCAUCAGAGGACUCAUACAGGAGAGAAACCUUAUAGAUGCAGCGAAUGUGGAAAAGGCUUCAGCCGGAAGUGCCGGCUCAAUAGGCAUCAGCGAUCUCACACUGGAGAGAAGCUCUAUGGAUGCAGCGUGUGUGGGAAAGCCUUUUCCCAGAAGGCUUACCUCAUUGCACACCAAAGACUGCACACAGGAGAGAAGCCUUACGAAUGCAGCGAAUGUGGAAGGACCUUCUUUUUUAAGUCAGACCUGACCAAACAUCGGAGAAUUCAUACAGGAGAGAAGCCAUAUGAAUGCAGCGAUUGUGAAAAAGCCUUCAGAAGCAAGUCCAAGCUCAUCCAGCAUCAGCGGACUCAUACUGGCGAGAGACCAUAUGCCUGCAGUGAAUGCAGCAAAGCCUUUGCCCACAUGUCAGUCCUUAUUAAACAUAAGAAAAUUCACACAAGGGAGAAAGCUGUAGAUUCACUGAAGCUGGAGAAACCUUCCUCAGGGAGUCAUAGCUCAUUAUGCCUGAAUGAAUUCAUACCAGAGCAGAACCCUGUGAACACAGUGCCUGUGGAAACAUCUUCUUCAGAAACCCAGCCCUUAUUAAACACCAGCGAGCUCCUCGGGGGCAGAAACAUAAUGACUGUGGACCGGGCUUUUCUGAAAAGCCAAGCUUCAUUAGAUAAUCAGGAACUUACACAGGGAAUAAGCCUUGCAAAUGCAGUGGAUAUGACACCCUCCAGUAAUUAUGUCUUAUAUGUUACAGACAUUGUGUAGGAAAAAAAAUCCUCUGAUACCAGAGAUGGGGAAAAGUCUUUAGCCAGAGUCCUCCCCACCUUCA